AUGGCCAGCACCGGCGACAAUGCUUUUUAUGACGACCAUGGUGAUUCGUCAAUCAUCUCGGCCCGUGGCUUUGAGGCUUUCGGCCGCAAAGUGACCACCACGGCCAGUCACCUAAUGGGCCCUCUGUCCGAUCCCACCAACAACCAACACUAUCAAUCCGCAAUGAGCGAGGUGACGAAACAGCUGCGGAGGCCGACCCUCCAGCGGAGCAUGUUUUCCAGGGCACGGACAACCCCUACCGACCUCAUGCGGUCAAAGCUUUCCACGACAGAGAUUCAACAACGCGCACUUUCAUACGUGCCAGACGCCUUGCUCAAGGAUAUCCCUGAAGAUGAAAACUCCUACUCGCUGUUCCAAGGCUUCAAGGCCAGCUUCCCGGAUUUUACCGAUGAUGGGAAGAAGCACAGGAGGAGGGUUUCGAGGGGGCGAAAAUUGAUCGAAGACACACGGAUCGACCCCAAUAGCCCGCAGGCGGUACAGAAACUCCAAAAAGAGAAGGCUUCCAUGUUGCACGAAUUCGAGAUGCUGGGCGUACGGAAGAAUAUGGCAAGCAGUGAGAUCCGGGAAAUCGACAACAAAAUAGCGAAUUUAUUAGGGAUGCGGAAAAUUAUUUUAGAGAGGCUAGCGGGCUAUGAGCAGGACGAGGCCGUAUUAGAACACGACAUUAUGGAUGUGGAGAAUCGCUUAGAGGAAGCUGAAGAGCUGGUCGCAGAGGCCGCGUCCGUGGCAGCCCUCACACCCACCAAGGGCAGUGACGCCGGGGAAGACGACACAGAAUCAGGUUUCAUGUCACAGUCGAUAUAUGAGAAGUUGCCAUCCGCUAACAGCACACCGACCAAAUCGAAGAAGCCUAGGAGUCUGCGGAGAAAGUCGAUGCCGAUACUGCACGAGCACAUCGAGCCCGGCACCUCCAUGCGAGAGAUUCGCGCGCACCAGGACUCUAUCACGGCUAUGGACUUUGACGCUCCUUUUGGGACAAUGGUCACUUCUGCUCUGGACGACACUGUGAGGGUAUGGGACCUGAAUGCCGGACGGUGCAUGGGAGUCCUCGAAGGCCACACAGCGUCGGUACGGACUCUGCAAGUUGAAGACAACAUCUGUGCUACCGGAUCUGUGGACGCUACGAUCCGCUUGUGGGACCUUAGCAAGGCUCAGUACGAUCCCCUCGGCGGACAACUCGACCAGGACGACGACGAAGACGGUAUGGCCUUUGAGAACCCGGAAGAUCAGCCUGUAGACCCUCCAGCGGGAAGCAUGGACGGUUGCUCUUUGACAACGUUACAAGCGCACAUGGACGAGGUCACUGCCCUCCACUUCAGGGGCAACGUCUUAGUAUCUGGGUCAGCAGACAAGACAAUCCGACAAUGGGACCUAGAGAAGGCGCGAUGCGUGCAGACCUUGGAUGUGAUGUGGGCCGCCGCUCAGGCAUCGGUCACCUUAGGAGAGAACUCUUGGAAAUCGACAAGCCGCGCCCCUGUCCAAAACGCCGACUUUGUGGGCGCAUUGCAGGUCUUCGAUGCUGCGCUCGCGUGCGGAACAGCUGAUGGAAUGGUCAGGCUUUGGGACCUGCGCAGCGGCCAAGUUCACCGAAGUCUGGUCGGCCAUACUGGACCCGUGACAUGCCUUCAGUUUGACGAUGUUCACCUGGUGACAGGGAGUAUGGAUCGGAGCAUUCGGAUAUGGGACCUUCGGACUGGGUCUAUUUAUGAUGCAUAUGCUUACGACCACCCUAUCACGGCUAUGGCAUUCGACAACCGGAGAAUAGUCUCGGCCGCAGGCGAGGAUGUGGUCAAGGUGUACGAUAAGCUGGAGUCUCGCCAAUGGGACUGUGGUGCUGGCGUGAACGCUGCUGAACAGGGCAAGACACCGCCGGCCACGGUAGAACGCGUGGGUCUGCAGGACGGUUACAUGGUCGAGGGGCGCCAAGAUGGUAUCGUUGGUGUGUGGACUUGUUAG